AUGUCGCUGGUCGACGCUCAUGGCUUCCGGUCUAUUAGUGACGUACCUUUGUUAAAUCCCCCCUUUCUCUCUCUCCCUCUCUCUCCCUCUCACUCUCUCCCUAUCCCUCUCUCUAACUCUAACUCUCUCUCCCUCUCGAUCUCUUUCUCCCUCUCUCUCUAUAUAUAUCCCUCUCUCUCCCUCUCUCGCUCUCUCUCUCCUUCUCUCUCUCCCUCUCGAUCUCUCUUUCUCCCUCUCCCCCUUUCCCUCUCGAUCUCUCCCUCCCUCACGAUUUCUCUCAUCUCCCUCUCGAUUCUUUUUCCCUCCCUUUCUUUUCUUAUCUCUCUCCCUCUCGAUCUCUUUCUCCCUCUCUCUCUCGAUCUCCCCUCUCUCUCUCUAUAUAUAUAUAUAUAUCCCUCUCUCUCAUUCUCGAUCUCUCUCUCUCCCUUCCUCUCGAUCUCUCUCUCCCUCACGAUUUCUCUCCUCUCCCUCUCGAUUCUCUUUCCCUCCCUCUCUUUUCUUCUCUCUCUCCCUCACGAUCUCUCUAUCCUUCUCUCUUCUCCUGUCUCUCCUCCCUCUCUCUCUCAUGCACCUUUUCUCAAACUUUUUAAAACAACUCAUCUCAAAAAUCUAUCUAUCUAUCUAUGUCAGUUCAAUUCUAUCUCCGUCGAUUCAUAUCUAUAUCAGCCAGUUCAAAUCUAUCUAUCUAUCUAUCUAUCUAUCUAUCUAUCUUUGACCGUCUAUUUUGAAAUUGAUUUGCCGUCAAGAUUUUGUUUGUUUGUUUCUUUCUUUCUUUCUUUCUUUCUUUCUUUCUUUCUUUCUGUUCCUUUUCUUGCUUUAAUUUUACUUCAUAAAGUUUCCAAGAGUGGCAUAUUUCCGACUUUGUUUUCCCGAAUUUUCCACUUUUGUCAUUCAUUUUCGAACAUUCUGUCAAUUUUUCACUCAGUUUUUCUUUCUUUCUUUCUUUCUUUCUUUCUUUCUUUCUUUCAUUUUAUUUCUCAGACAUUGAAACAGUGGCAUAUUUCGCACUUUUCCCUCUUUUGUCAUUUAUUUUCCCACAUACUCUCAACCUUUCCUUCUUUUAGGCUUUCUUUUCUUUCUUUCUUUUUCUUUUCUUUCAUUCUUUCAUUAUUUCUUUCUUUCUUUAAUUUUCUUUCGCAAACUUUGAAAAGCUUUCUUUCUUUCUUUCUUUCUUUCUUUCUUUCUUUCUUUCUUUCUUUCGUUUUAUUUUGUUUCUUGCUUUCAACCUGUCUGUUCCUUUUCUUUCUUUCUUUCUUUCUUUCUUUCUUUCUUUCUUUCUUUCUUUCUUUCUUUCGUUUUAUUUUGUUUCUUGCUUUCAACCUGUCUGUUCCUUUUCUUUCUUUCUUUCUUUCUUUCUUUCUUUCUUUCUUUCGUUUUAUUUUGUUUCUUGCUUUCAACCUGUCUGUUCCUUUUCUUUCUUUUUUUUCUUUUUCUUUCUUUCUUUCGUUUUAUUUUGUUUCUUGCUUUCAACCUGUCUGUUCCUUUUCUUUCUUUCUUUCUUUCUUUCUUUCUUUCUUUCGUUUUAUUUUGUUUCUUGCUUUCAACCUGUCUGUUCCUUUUCUUUCUUUCUUUCUUUCUUUCUUUCUCUCUUUCUUUCUUUCUUUCUUUCUUUCUUUCUUUCUUUCUUUCUUUCUUUCGUUUUAUUUUGUUUCUUGCUUUCAACCUGUCUGUUCCUUUUCUUUCUCUCUUUCUUUCUUUCUUUCUCUCUUUCUUUCUUUCUUUCUUUCUUUCUUUCUUUCUUUCUUUCUUUCUUUCUUUCUAGGCUUUGCAACAGUGACAUAUUCAUCCACUUUUUUCCCGAUGCAAAGACUAAAACAGCAAAGGGGAUAA